AUGGAUUAUUCUUGGCAGAACGGCAAACAGGCGGGAGGACAGAAACUCACAGUUGAGUCUACUGCUGCUGUUGUGCAUGUCUCUGUACUAGAGAUUUAG